AUGUCACCUCUUCACCUCGCCUCAGACAAACAUCACCUCUUCACAGUCCUCAGACAACAGAUCACAUCUUCAACUCAGUUCUCAGAGAAAGAUCACCUCCUCACAGUUUCCAGAGAAAGACCUCCUCUCUACACUGCGCGGAAAGAAGAUCACCUCUUCACAAUUCUCAGAGAAAGACCUCUCCCCGGCUUUUGGAAAGAAGAUUUACCAGGAUUGCCCAUCAUGCCUCAAAGACCUUUCGAACAACUUCUCCUUCCAUCCCUCAUGAAAGACUUUCUAUCAUUACUACCGGCCAUUUUCCUAUCACUGUCGAUCUUGACAUAUUGGGUCCCCGCACUGCCAGAAGAUAACUGGGUGGAAUUGGCUUGCACAGUCCCCUUUUCGGUUGUCGUUGGCUGCUUCUGGUGGACGUUUCUCCCAUUUCUAGGCAGUGUUAUCUUCACCGGUGAUGAUAGCGGCACAGCAUUUCAAGACGCUCUGAUGGCAUGGUUUUGGGACUCCGUCGACAUAUGGCUGUACUUGUUACUGCUACUCCACAACCUCGUCUACUCCGUCGGUUGGCUUGCCUCAAAGAUUAUCUGUCUUCUGAGAAAGCUCUGCGUCAACCCCGUCAACAAUCACUAUGUCACUGCCACCAGAACCACCCUCAUCAAUGCCCUCCGACAUGGCAAGCGAGCAGUAUGCACCGGCAUCUCAUUUGUGACGACCCCAAUAUGCGACGUCCUCGCGCAGAAAACAGCCUUUCUAGCCGCGCUGCGCGAUGCAGCUCGGCUUGAAGAGGAGCUUUCACAGGCCAAGGCGGAGGCCGCUCAGCUGCGAGAGAGGAACUCGGUGGUGGAGACGAUGUACGCUCAGGUCAAAGGCAACCUCGGCAACCUGGUCAGAAGAGGCACCCGGUCGCUGCCCUCGUCAGUCGACUGCGUCAGCUUCCUGCAAAAGCUCGUCCGAAGCAAGGACCAGCAAAUCCUGGAUCAAGCCGAGGUGAUCAGAGCGUUGGAGGAGGAACUCGAGGCGACUAACAAGCUCAGCGACCUGGAUGGUUCACGUGUCGCCCAGCUCACUGAACAGCUCACUGAGCUCCAGGCGCAGCUGGCGACCGCGAACGCUUCCGACUCCGAUGCGACCGAAAAGCUUCAGGAGCAAGUCCGAGCUUUGACAACUGCCCUCGCAUCGGAGAGAGCUGCAGCCAGCAACGAGAAGGCCGGUCUUCUUUUGUCCGUUGCGUCCGAGAAGGGGCGAGCCGAUGCGCUCCAGCGUAAGCUGGAAGUCGCAAAGGCGGACUCUGAGAAGAAGCUUGCGGACAAAGAAGCGCAAGCAGAGGAGGACCUAGACGAGAUGGCCAAGCUGAAUGCCGACCUCCUCAACGACAGCCUCGCGAAGGACGCCCAGAUCAAGGUACUUGAGGAGCGCCUUGCUGCAGCAGCUGCCUCCCCAACCGUCACCGCCGACAGCGGCGUGGCGGAUAUUGAGGCAGCUGUUCGUGGCAAGGCCGCUGCCAAAGAGGCCUUGAGAACCAACGUCCGGACGUUGGGAGAAGAAGUUGCCUCUCUGAAGGCAGCUAACUCCCAACUGAAGGCGGAGGCUGGGCAGGAGGUGUCGGCAAGGGCGGCCCUCAAGCAGGAGCUGGAAUCCACCCAGCAAGAACUUGGGGCCACCCGAGGCGAGCUCAAAGAGGCCCGAGGACACCUCGAAAAGUCCAAUGCGGCCGCUGGGCAGUGGCAAGCACACUGGAAGGAGGCAGAUCGGUGCCGAGAAGACAAUGCCCAGAAGCUGGUCGCCUGUGCCAAGGACCUUGAGCGGCUCCGAAAGGGCCGAGAUGACACCUACCAUCAAGCUCAAGAGGAGCUGCUGAAGAAGAAGGAGCAAGCCGAGAGAGAUCGCGACAGCGAGAAGGCGAAGAAAGAGCAGCGGCAACAGCAGAUUCAGCAGAUUCAGCGCCAGGCCGACCAACAGAAGCGCGACUUUCAGAAGAAGCUCCAAGAGGCAGAAGAAUACUGUCGAUCCAAGGACGACGAGAUCAAAGGCUAUGUGGCAACGAUCGCCGAGCUGACCAUGCCCCCUCCGGAGGACAUGGAGGUCGACGCCGCGAAUUCUGCACCAGCAUCUACACCAACUUCCGUCUCACGCUCAGACGACAUGGAGGUCGAGCCUCCAACAACUCCAACUCCGGCAACCUCACAAACUCCCGUUGCACCGCGAACCCCUACUCUACAUCGCCCCAGCGAAUUUGGUGGAACCAGCAUCUCGAGCUUGCCAAGUCAGUCGUCCACAGGACGGUCCACCAACACAUCAAUUUCAGAGCUUACCAGAGCAGCAGAAAUGCGCCAGCGGUGGAUUGACGACUUGAACAAGCGACUGAAUGCCCAAGGCGACCGCAUCGUAAGACUCUUGGACGAGAUCGAGAAGCUCAAAGAAGAAAAAGGAACGCUCCACCAGCAAGCCUGGGAUCACAAGCAGAAGAUCUCGAAGCUCGAGAAAGAAAAGCAGGACCUCAAAGAUCAGAUCGAGACGGCGGUUGACGACGCUGACAACGAGGCACUGAUUGACAAUGCUUUUCUCAAACACGAAAUCGAGGAACUCAAGCAGACUGUGUCUGAGAUGGAGGAACUCAAGCAGCAGAACCGCGGUUUGUCGAACCAGGCCGAAGCUUCAAGUAUGUCAGCAAUGAUGUACAAAGAGAAAGCAGACGCCGCAGAAGCAAAGGUCGCCCAGCUACAACCAUCACCACGAGAUGAAGCUCCCGGGAGUCCUCACAAGUUCGCAGGCGUGAAGCGCACGGCUGUGCAGAGUGAAGGUGUCAAGAAGCAGAACACGAACACGCACGCAAACCCCUUUGCGAAUCUGCUGCAGCCUCACCAGCAACAACCGGGUCAGGUCCAAGAACAACAGCAACCGCAAGGCCAGACUCAAGCUCAGACGACCCAGCCUGCGAUUGACGAACCGAGCGAGAACACGCAAGAGCCAGAGGAGUCAGAAGAGGACCUCUGGAAGUGGAUCGACGAGUCAAAGUGCUUGUGA